AUGCACAACGAAAAAUCCAAGGUUCUUCUUUUUGGUAGCGGCGGAGUCGGCACAAUUGCAGCACUAAACCUCGAGGUUGGUGGUCACGCAGAAGUCACGGCUGUCUUGCGUUCAAACUACAAGGCCGUCAAGGAGAGAGGCUUCGACAUUGCAUCUUGUGAUCAUGGCACACUGAAAGGAUGGCGGCCGACCGAGGUGGUGGAUCACGUCCCCAAGGCUUCGGAGAAGCAGUUCGACUACAUCGUCUGCACAACAAAGAACCAACCAGAUUGUCCACCUACUCUGACCGAACUCAUUGCUCCUGCUGUUCAGCCUGGACGUACAGUAAUCGUUCUCGUUCAAAAUGGGCUUAACAUCGAGAAGCCGAUUUUCGAGGCAUUUCCCAACAACAUUGUACUGUCAGGCGUGAGUAUGAUCGGAUCACACGAGACUGAACCCGGCGUAAUUGAGCACGAUGACAACGAUCGAGUACUGAUUGGACCAUUCCAUAACACCAAUCUAUCCGCGAAGGACGAGGAAGCCGCAGCAAGGGACUUUAUCCGUAUCUACUCUGCUGGCGGAAAGACCGACUGCGAGCUGCAAUUGGAUGUCAAAUUUGCGAGAUGGCGAAAGUUGGUAUACAAUGCUUGCUUGAACUCGAUCUGUGCUCUUACUGGGCUGGAUACCGGUCGUAUUAGACUCGCAGAUGGUGCAAUCGAUGGACUGGUCAGACCUGCUAUGGAAGAGAUCAGAGCCGCGGCGAAAGCAGUCGGUGUCAAUCUUCCUCCGGAUGUCUGCGACUUUAUGAUCAACACCGANCCCGUAAAUGCUAGUUUGACCAUGUAUCUUCCUCCCAGCAUGUUGGGAGAUAUCAGAAAGGGCAACUUUGUCGAGUUUGAAAAUCUUGUAGGAGAGCCUCUCAGGGUUGGCACUGCUCUAGGUGUGCCAAUGCCGACAUUGCAGGUUCUCUACCAUCUCCUCCAGGCGAUUCAAUGGCGGACCAAGGAAGCUAGAGGCAAGGUCACGAUUCCACCAAAGGGUACAUUUGUUGCGGAAUAG